AUGGCUUCUCGAGAAGUAUGGCCAAAGAAAUACUUGAGAGUGUCCUGGAUGCGUAAGAGGGACAUGCAUAUCCUGAGCGCCGGCAUCCUGAUGUACACCUCGGAUCUAAGGUUCCAAGUGAUCCAUCCGGACAAGUCCGAGAACUGGACACUGCAGAUCAAGUCGCCCCAAGAUCGGGACUUCGGGGUUUACGAGUGCCAGGUCAGCACCGAGCCGAAGAUGUCGUUGAACUACAGCCUCAACGUGGUCGGAGCAUGUUACGCCGAGUUUGGAGUACGAGUGCCUCACACGACUGGCAGCGCUUACAUGUACAGCUACGUGACCGUAGGCGAAUAA